GACAGGCAAGUUUGAGGCUCAAAGUGGCUGCAUAUAUCAAGAGGUGGUAAGGUGCUUGAAUCAUUUGGUCAUCAGGCAGUUUGUGUCCAUACCACUGAAACAAUGCAUCUAGCUCUGCCCAUAUAUCUAAGUGUCCUUUUGAUUGGCUCUGUCUUUGCUGGAGGUUCCUGGUGUGCCAAAAUGGCAAGAGCCCGAGCAGCUGCCAUGGGUUUGGACCUCCCUAGGACCCAGUUUGUCCCUUACCAUCUUCGACCAACACGCCAUGGGAGUUUUGAUCCCAUAAGAAACCACUAUGAAAAUAAUGAUGGCCCCAAAGAGGCUGAGUUUCAGCACAAUGGUAAAAUCCAAGGGGAUGGAUAUCCAAGUGACUGGGCCUAUGAACAAGUCUUCCCCAGAGGCUUUCAACCCAAACCGUCUACACUAAACCACUACGGUUCUGAUCCCAGUUUGGCUGACUCCUCUAUCAGCCAUUCUUCCCACACUCCCAGGGGAGAGUUUAUUAGCAGCCACAAGCCCAACUUUGAUCAGGUGAAGAAUUCUGCGCCUCGACCAAAUGUAAUGGUAGCCCCUGGUCAGUUUGAGUACUCGGAGAAAGUGGACAUUCGAGGUUACUAUAAGCCUAUUGUAGUUCAGCCUGUCCCCAGCAGACACGGAAUAGCCCAGAGUGUGGUUUCACGACCCCAGGAUUAUGGUGCUGUACCCUAUGGAAAAAGUAUCCUAUGGCCCUGGCCGCAGUAGAGGCUUUUCCUCUAGAUCCUCUCCACCAUCCCAGAGUGGACUGAUCAGCCACUAAACUAAGACAAUUCUGUUCCCAGGCCCUGGUGCUGUCCAUUCCUUGAUCAAAGAGCAGAAUAUGAAGCAGUUUGUGAUGAAGAGUCAGCAAAAACAGGGAUCCGGUUGGUUAAGAUCCUAAUGGACAAACUUUAUUUUGGUUUGUAAAGGAAAGUUUGUCCGUCAGGAUCUUAACCAACCAGAUCCCUGUUUUUGCUGACUCUUCGUCACAAACCUUUGUCUGAGGAGCCAACCAUACCAGUGGUGAGCGAAUCGGUGACCCUAUGCACUUUUAAGGGCAAAACAUGUAUGCUGUGUUUGUAUUAAAGUACAUUUACUUAUCCA